UCAUAGCUGCUGCCAAGGUCCAGAGUCUCUCAUGGGUCCCUGUACGGCCUCCCUUGCUGCUGUCUCCAUCGCCACACUCUGCCAUGUGCCACUUUCAGGUCUCCUCACACACUGCUGGUGUGUUGAAUUUUUUGACAUAGGGUGCUGGCAGAUUACGGGCCCCCUAUAGCUGCUGCCAGGCCCCUAAUCUGCCAUGGGCCCCUAUAUACCGCCUCCUCAUGCUGCUGCCAGGUCCCAGAGUCUCUCAUGGGUCCCUGUACGGCCUCCCAUUGCUGCUGUCUCCAUCGCCACACUCUGCCAUGUGCCACUUUCAGGUCUCCUCACACACUGCUGGUGUGUUGAAUUUUUUGAC